CCGACUCGGCCUACAACCCUGUAUAAAAAGUGUAGCAAGUCAUACAAUUUCAUAGUCUUCCACUGAUACUCAAAUCAGCAACAACAAUUCAACUUGCAAAAAUGGUUGCCAAAUUCGUGAUUGUACUGUCCCUGGCCGUGGCGGCUUACGCCGUGCCGCUGGUGGCGGUGGCCCCGGCAGAGUACGCCGCGCCUGCGCACUACGAGUUCUCGUACUCCGUGCACGACGAGCACAGCGGCGACGUGAAGCAGCAGCAGGAGGCUCGUGAGGGCGACGCCGUGCACGGCUCCUACUCGCUCGUGCAGCCCGACGGCGUGCACCGCAUCGUCGAGUACACCGCCGACAAGGAGCACGGAUUCAACGCCAACGUGCGCUACGAGGGCACCCCCGUGCACCCCGCUCCCGUCGCCAAGCUGGCCAUCGCCGCCCCCGUCGCCAAGCUCGCCUACGCCGCUCCCGUAGCCAAGCUCGCCUACGCCGCUCCCGUCGCCAAGGUAGCCUACGCGCCUGCCCCCGUGUCCUACGCUCACGCUCCCGUGGCCUACUCCGCGCCCGUCGCCAAGCUCGCCUACGCCGCGCCCGUAGCGCACGUCACUUACUCCUCUCCCGCCAUCUCCUACCACCACUAGAUAACUACCCUUGUUAUUGUUACAUAAUAUGAUUGUUCUAUUUAUUGAAUUGACUAUGUGAUAUUAAAUUAUUGAACUGA